AUGGGGGACCAACACCAGGUCCUAAAUGACCCGUCUUCUUUGGAGAUCAUUACUCAGCAUGUCAAGCACAAGAAUGAUCUGCCAAAAACUGGGAGCGUCCCUUGGCACAUGGCUCCAGAGUUCCCUCACCCGAGCGAACUGAUGUCCAUCGAUCCAGCUCCCUUGCCCCAUCCACCAGCGGACAAGGAAAUAUCUGAACAUGAUGCCAAGAAUGCUUAUCUUGAAUUCCAUUAUCUCACCAAUCGUUUCGAGGGCACUGAGCUUCUUCGGCAAGCAAUUAACUGCUUCAGGAACAAGCCUACCAUGAUGGAGGGGGACAGAGACAAUUUCUACAUCUAUACACAAGUACACGUCCAAGGCUACUUGUUCGCCAGGUCCGGACCUGCCUGUCGCAUUUCCUUCUCGACAGAGCGCUCAUCCACCAAAGUUGAGUGGAGGCAGUCGAACCGGCUUACUGCUGGUACCCUUGUUGUGCUGUCUCCCCGCGGUGAUAACUUCAACACCCAAUGCUAUGUCGCAGUUGUUGCAGCACGAUACGUCGUGGGUGGUCUCGAACCCGAUCCUCAGGAUGGUGAAAAUGAGGACACUCCACCCCGGAUCGAGAUCUUCUGGUCCGACUGUAACACCGCUGUCUUUGAUCCUUCGGUCGAGAUGGUGAUGCUCGAAGCCAAAGGAGGUUAUUUUGAGACUGUUCGUCACGCAAUGGUUGGGCUGCAACAUGCUGCAAAGUUUGAUUCCAAGUUUGACAAAUACAUCAUUCAUGAGUCGAAUACGGAACACGUGGCCGCCUACCUAGCAGACACCCCAGGGCAAACUCCUCGUAUUCCUGGAAGAGCUGAUCACCUUGACCCUUCUCAAAGGGAAGCUUUCGAACGCAUGACCCACCAAGAGCUGGCUGUCGUCCAAGGUCCUCCUGGUACUGGCAAGACAUUCACAUCAGUUGUAGCCCUUGAAAGCUAUAUUCAAACUCUCAAAUCUCGAAAAAGCAGACACGAAAAUGUCCCGCCCAUUAUAGUUGCGGCUCAAACCAACCACGCUCUCGAUCAGCUUCUAGAUCGACUCUCAGUCUUUGGAGCCAUCAUUGUGCGCCUUGGUGGGCGUACAGAAGACGAUGCGAUAGAAGAACGUUCUUUGUACAAUCUCAGAAACAACUCAAAGCUCGCUCGAGGUGGUAACAGGGGUGAGAGCGCCAGAAAAAAAGUUCUCGGCAGAAUUGAGAAGUUACUGUCGGAAUGCUUCCCUGCAUUUCUAAUCCCAGCUGAAGAGUUCCUUCGAGAGGGACUCCUCUCGGAUGCCCAAUACGAGUCGUUGGACGAUGACGAGUGGGAAUCUGCUGCUUUGGUCAGUCGUGAUGAUGGAACCAAGAUCGACUCUCUCAUUGCACAGUGGCUCCAGGAUUCCGUCGAGCUAGACACCACUUAUGUUUAUCGCCCUCCUGAGAACCAGGCUGAAGAUCCUGCAAAGGAGGAGGCUAUCGAUGAAACGCAGCAGGAGAACCAGAAGGAGAGACUCUAUGGUGAGUUCUUUCCCAUGAAGUUCAAUGUCACCGGUACCCUUCCGGGCGCACUCUCGAAACAAGCCGCCUGGGCCCACCGAGCCCGGAAGUUGUUGAAACAGCAUCAAGAUCUGUAUAAGAUCAUGCCACAAUAUCGCGGCAGUGUCUAUCGCCUCCUACGAGAAGAACUUGUCCGCGCACGAGCUGAAAAGUUCCCUCAGCUUCUCAAAGAGUACCAGGAAGCCUGUGAUGAUGUCAAAGUCAGCCGAUGGGAGACCGACGCCAAGAUCAUCAAGGCUGAACAGAUUGAGAUCGUGGGUUGCACAACCACCGGACUGUCCAAGUAUCGCGGUCUGAUCGCAGCAUUGAAGCCCCGCAUAUUGAUGAUCGAGGAAGCGGCUGAAACUCGCGAAGCCAACAUUAGUUCCGCUCUCUAUCCCAGUCUUGACCAGGUCGUACUCGUCGGAGAUCACCAGCAACUGGUUCCAUCUGUAGAUGUUCGAGAACUCGGUUGCGCGCCCUACAACAUGCAUGUCUCUUUGUUUGAGCGCCUGGUCAAACUCAACUUGCCAUAUAGUAUGCUUCGAGUCCAGCGUCGUAUGGUCCCUGCGAUCCGCGAGGUGGUCAACGCGUUCUACCCCAGGCUCACCGAUCAUUCUUCUGUCUACGAGCCAGACAACCGACCUCCUAUACCAGGGAUGGGCGGGAAGAGUCUCUGGUGGUUUGAUCACGAGGAGCCAGAGAUGCAAAAUGCCAACGACUUUUCAUUUUCGAAUCCAGAUGAAGCAGACAUGAUAGUCGGCUUCGUGCGAUAUCUUGUUCAGAACGGCGUGGACCCAGAGCGAAUCACCGUGUUGACUUUCUACAAGGGGCAGGUCACCCUCAUCUCUGAGAAGCUUCGUCGAGAUCCAUUUCUGGAACUCAAGAAUCCCUUAAAGAAGUGGUCAGUAAGGACUGUCGAUGGCUUCCAGGGCGAAGAGAACGACAUUAUUCUGCUAUCGCUAGUCCGAAGCACCCGUCCAGGCUUUACUGGGAAUGAGAAUCGGGCAGUCGUGGCCACCAGCCGAGCGAGAUGCGGGAUGUAUAUCUUCGGCAACUCCGAAACUUUCGUGCGAGAAGAAAGGUCGGAGGCUUACAAUACAUGGAGAAAGGUGUUGGAUGUAUUUGAGGGACGCCAGAGUAUCGACACUUGCCUGCCAGUCACUUGCCAUAACCAUGGGCAACGAACAAAGAUAAAUGAUGCCAAUGGCUGGAAACACAUCCCUGGAGGAGGUUGCGACAAAAGUUGCGAGUACACGUGUGCAGAGGGCCAUUCAUGUAGCCUUACCUGUCACAAGUUCGACCAGAGCGAGGUCAAAUGCCUGGAGAAGUGCGAAAAGGUCUUGAAGUGUGGCCACAAGUGCGAAUCGCUUUGUUGGCAACCUUGUGAGUGCCCUCGACGAUGCGAUGAGCCUCCAAAAAUGAAGUUGGCCCUCAGAACCUCUGAAGUGCCUGCUCGAGCUCCCAAAGCACCUCGUGGACCACAGAACACUGGUUCUCGGGCCAGCAGGGGAGUUGCAGCCGGUCGAGGAGGCCGGAACUCGAUCAACAAAUCAGCAAGGCCUGACAAUCAGCCUCAGUUACGAAGCGAUAGAACGAUUUUGAGAGGACGCAGCCAGGGAACAUCUCCAACUCGCCGGUUCGACCCCCAGAAGCCCCCGACCUUUGAAGCUCCAAGUUCACCACACAUUGCGCAGGCUGGGCAACAUUACUUGGAGCCAACCAGUGAGCAAAUCAUGGAGGGAGGCUAUUAUGCGGAAACGAUUCAGCAAACCCAAACUGCGAAUAGUGUCGUAACGGCAACUACUCUCCUGGAGAGUCUCACGGAUGCCUCAAAGGAAAGCUCCCGUCGCAAGGAAUCGAGCCCUGAGAAAUGGAGCCCCGCAAAGGUGGCGAAAAAGGAUAAAGAGCUGCUGGAGGACGCGAAAGCGAAGAGACGCCGGAGUCCAUCGUCGAUCCACAUCAGCGAGACUUACCAACGAACAACGACAUCGGAGAACGGCAAGCGGCAGUAUGGAGAGAUAGUUCGGACACAUUGGUCAAUGAGGUAUCCACCUUGCAAAGUAGCCGACACCAGCGAGGAGAGGCCUGCUCAAUCGGGCACUGAGACUGGACUCGAGUUGUCUGUGGAUGACGAGGACAAAGAUGAUGAGGACGAAGAUCUGAUCAGCUUCGACUGAAGGACAGCAACCUGUCUGCAUAUUCUGCACGCCAGGUCGUACUCAUAUCAUGGUUACAGCACAUAUUAACCGUAUUUCCUUUGUACCAUCGCAGUCGGGAGAGUUGGGGUUCCGGGUGAUUGAAUGGGCCACUUGCGAUGGGAAUUGUAAAAUAGGUAGAUAUUGGUGUAG